CGGGCCGCGCCUGCCGGUCGGGGUCCCCGAGAGCCGAUCCCCGGGGGCGCGCAGCAGCCGCCGCCUCUGCGCCAGCCUCGCACCGGGGGCGACGACCAACUUGGCCGGGCGCCUUCCGCAGCCGGGGCGGCCGGGCCCGCCACCACCAUGACGGAGAACUCCACGUCCGCGCCCGCCUCCAAGCCCAAGCGGGCCAAGACCUCCAAAAAGUCCACCGACCACCCCAAGUAUUCAGACAUGAUCGUGGCCGCCAUCCAGGCGGAGAAGAACCGCGCGGGCUCCUCGCGACAGUCCAUCCAGAAGUACAUCAAGAGCCACUACAAGGUGGGUGAGAACGCGGACUCCCAGAUCAAGCUGUCCAUCAAACGCCUGGUCACCACCGGCGUCCUCAAGCAAACCAAAGGGGUGGGCGCCUCGGGCUCCUUCCGGCUAGCCAAGAGCGACGAGCCCAAGAGGGCAGUGGCCUUCAAGAAGACCAAGAAAGAUGUCAAGAAGGUGGCCACGCCGAAGAAGGCAACCAAACCCAAGAAGGCCGCCCCCAAAGCCUCCAGCAAGAAGCCCAAAGUCACCCCAGUCAAGAAGGCCAAGAAGAAGCCGGCUGCCACGCCCAAGAAAGCUAAAAAACCCAAGGUGGUCAAAGCCAAGCCCGUCAAAGUAUCCAAGCCCAAGAAGGCCAAACCAGUGAAGCCCAAAGCCAAGUCCAGCGCCAAGAAGGCGGGCAAGAAGAAGUGACAGCCCAAGCCCUGGCUUGCAGACACUCCUUCCUCUCUCGCCUCUUUUCUGUAAAUACUUUCCCCUUUCUUCAUUGCCCAUUCUAGUCUGACUUUAUAAGACACAGAAUUCCUGAUGCCUCAAGAAAUUGUGGACGGAUUCUUUUUUCUUUUUCUUUUUUUUUUUUCUUUUCCGUAACCAGUCGUGCAAGAAGAGCAGCCACACAUCUCAAGGAUGAGAAUAUACUUCUAUUUUGUCCUGGCCAUUUGCUGUCAGUCUUCUGGGGUUAGGGACUUGAGUGGACGUUUGUGUUUUCCUGGUGGCUUGUUUGCUGUGAAGGCAGGUGGGGAGGAGAACCGGCAAGGCCGUUUGUUCUGCUGCUUUGAGAGAAGGGGCCAGGAGCUCUUCUAAGUUGGGCUGUCUGGAAGUUUUAGCCUUUGGUGAGGAGGGGAGAGUGAAAAAACUGGCCACCUGGCAGUAGUGGACAGCAGGGGUGUCCAGGCCUGUUUCCUCCUCACUUCUUGUUCCUCUGCCCUGUGGCCUUGCUAUUGUCUUAGGGAGAGAAGGGGAAUUCUAGAGUGAUAGCUCUAGUGCAGAAGGUGUAGCUUCUCCCGGUCAGCUGGGAACUCACCAUGGGGGCCGGGGAGCUUUCUGUAGGCAAAGUCUCUUGAUUAGUAGUAGUUGGAAAUUUUGGGGGGGGGGGGAAGGGUGGGGAGUCAGUCAACCAAGUGCCUCAGUGUGCCCUGUUGAAGCUGGGAUUUUCCACCCAUUGGGUGGAUUGGUCCUAGAGGAGGACUUUUUUUUCUUGUCUGCUCCACCUGUAUUUAGGGUGGCUUUGCUUGGCCUGCGGCCGCUUUAGAAGCCUCCCGAUCUCUUCUGCUUCCGAGUCUUUGCUUGUAGGGGAGCAGGGAGCCUAGGACUUCCGUAGUGGAAUUUGCUGAGUAGCUUUAGGUCUGGUGCAUGUGUGUCCAUAUGUAUAUAUGCAUAGCUAGGGCGAUCGUCAUACGCCUCUUACCAGGAGCUGGGAGAAAAAACCUGUACAGUUGUCUUUCCCUUAUUUUUAAUAGGAAGAUCGCGCACUUGCGCACUCUUCUUCCCUCCCCUUUUUAAACAAGUGUUAUUUGUGCUGCCGG